AUGGUUGCCUCUGCUGUCCGAAUGCGCCCCGGCGCCAUGUUUCUGUCCAAAGGCGCCGCUUGCCUGAAGAGGCCUCAGGUUGUCCACAGAUUCAAGGAUGCUGCUCAAACUCAAUUGCCCGCCUUGUCUGCCCUCUCUCGCUUCUAUGCCUCCAAGUCCUUCCCGUCCCACACCAUCAUUAGCAUGCCGGCCUUGUCGCCGACCAUGUCCGCUGGAAACAUCGGAGCAUGGCAGAAGAAGGCCGGUGAUGGUCUGCAACCUGGUGACGUCCUUGUGGAAAUCGAAACCGAUAAGGCUCAGAUGGACUUUGAGUUCCAAGAAGAGGGUGUCCUUGCCAAGAUCCUGAAGGACACUGGUGAAAAGGACGUCGCUGUCGGCUCUCCCAUCGCUGUCCUUGCGGAAGAGGGUGCCGAUGUUUCUGCUUUCGAGUCGUUCAGCUUGGAGGAUGCCGGUGGUGACAAGGGCGCCGCCCCCGCCGAAGAGAAGAAGGAGCCCGAGUCGAAGGGCGCUGAGGCCCCAGCACCCGCUGAGCCCGAGCCCGUUGCUCAGGAGCCCGACACCACUGGCGAGAAGCUUCAGCCCAGUCUCGACCGUGAGCCCUUGAUCAGCCCCGCUGCCAAGGCUCUGGCAUUGGAGAAGGGUGUGUCCAUCAAAGGUCUCAAGGGAACCGGACGUGGUGGUCAGAUCACCAAGGAGGAUGUUGAGAAGUUCAAGCCCAGCGCACCCGCUGCUGCUGCUGGCGCGACCUACGAGGACAUUCCUCUUACCUCGAUGCGCAAGACCAUUGCCAACCGCCUUCAGCAGUCCACCCGCGAGAACCCCCACUACUUCGUCUCGACUACUCUGUCGGUGAGCAAGCUUCUGAAGCUCCGCCAGGCUCUCAACGCCUCCUCCGAGGGCAAGUACAAGCUCUCGGUCAACGACUUCCUUGUCAAGGCCUGUGCUGCCGCUCUCCUUAAGGUUCCCGCUGUCAACUCUAGCUGGCGCGAGGAGAACGGACAGGUUGUCAUCCGCCAGCACAACAGCGCCGACAUCAGCGUUGCCGUUGCCACCCCCGCUGGCCUUAUCACUCCUGUCGUGAAGAACGUCCAGGCCCUUGGUCUGUCCAGCAUCUCCAACCAGGUCAAGGACCUUGGUAAGCGUGCUCGUGACAACAAGCUGAAGCCCGAGGAGUACCAGGGUGGUACUUUCACCAUCAGCAACAUGGGCAUGAACCCCGCCAUUGAGCGAUUCACUGCUGUUAUUAACCCCCCUCAGGCCGGUAUCCUGGCCGUGGGUACUACUCGUAAGGUCCCUGUCCCCGUCGAGACUGAGGAGGGUACCUCUGUUGAGUGGGACGACCAGAUCAUCGUCACUGGCAGCUUCGACCACAAGGUCGUUGACGGUGCUGUCGGUGGUGAGUGGAUCAAGGAGUUGAAGAAGGUUGUUGAGAACCCCUUGGAGCUCCUCCUCUAA